AUGAUGAGAUGUGCCUUCUACAGACUCGUCCCUGGGGCUUCAUCCCAGGUUUUGGAACAUCAUUUCUUUACCUGUGCUGGGAAGGUCAGAUUAAAUAAUUUGAUUGCCAGGAAAGGGACACCGGCUUCUGCUGGCUUGGCCCGCAGGUACUUUCAGAAAAAUCUGUUAACAGUCUUGGAAUCCUCCACAACACCAGUGACAGUGACUGAAAUCCGACAGUACCUCCGUGCAAAUAACAUUUCCUUCCAUGAUGGUUACAGCUGCCUGCAUGUCCCCAGCCCUUUCACCUUAAGCAAAGCUAACAAUCUUUUCAUUGACAAGACCACUGGGCGCUUUCUCUGCAAGGAAACAUUGGUAGAGGGUACCUGGGAGGACUUUAAAGACAGCAUGGAACUGCUCAGCAAAGAGAAAUGUUCUUUCCUGAACCCUGACAGCGUGGAUAACUACUUCGGGGACAGUGAUUCUGAGGAUGGAGAAAGGCACUUUAAUAAUAUGGAGGUGACCAGAAUCUGGAACAAAGCAGUUUGGUUGCAUGACCUGGAAGAAGAGGAUGCUCAGCUUAUCAAGACUAUGUUCAGCAUCUCUAAAAUUACCAACGCUACACUGAAGAAGUUUGGGGUAAAGUGUUUCCAACCCACCAAAAGUUUGGUGUUUCCAUGGUAUAGCCCAAGGGAUGCUACUGUUAAAGGUUUGAAAUUACUGUCGGCUGUGUGCCAGGACGAUACUGUCAGUUACAUUGAAACUCUUUACCCCCGACCUUCACAAUAUCAGAAUUUGUUUGGCCUUUCUGUAUUGGGAAAGAAGGACACAGAAGUUGUGAUCACCAGCCGGGAAACAGAUUGCUUAGCCUUACACCAAGCAACAGGUGUAACCACAGUAUCACUGCCACGAGGAAUAAGCUGUUUGCCUCCCGUCCUUUUACCAUAUCUUGAACAGUUUAAACGCAUUAUUCUAUGGCUUGGUGAUGAUCUGCAUGCGUGGGAAGCGUCCAGAAUAUUUUCUCGAAAGCUGAAUCUUAAGAGGUGCUCGUUGAUCAGACCAGGAGACAAUCAGCCCGGCCCUCUGCAGGCGCUUAAUCUUGGACUUAAUUUAAAUAAGAUCCUGAAAAACUCUCUCCCAGCCAGUCACAAAUCUAUUGUUUCAUUCCGCCAGCUCAGGGAAGAGGUGUUUGGUCAGCUGGAAAAUGCAGAGCAAGUCGCAGGAGUAAAGUGGGCCAGAUUUCCUGAAUUAAAUAAGCUGCUUAAAGGACACAGGAAAGGGGAAUUGACAAUAUUUACAGGUCCAACCGGUAGUGGGAAAACAACAUUCAUGAGUGAAUAUGCUUUGGAUUUAUGCAUGCAGGGGAUUAACACCUUGUGGGGGAGUUUUGAACUCAACAACGUGCGUCUGGCCAAAGUCAUGCUGACCCAGUUCUCUAUGCUGCGCCUGGAAGAACAGCUGGACGUGUAUGACGAGUGGGCAGACAGAUUUGAAGAGCUGCCUCUUUAUUUUAUGACCUUCCACGGGCAGCAAAACAUCAAGUCUGUGGUUGACACAAUGCAACAUGCAGUAUACAUGUAUGACAUGGGUCACGUAAUCAUUGAUAAUCUGCAGUUCAUGAUGGGGCUGGAUCAGCUGCAUAUUGACAAAUUUGCACUGCAGGACUACAUAGUUGGUGCUUUCAGGAAAUUUGCCACAGAAAAUAGCUGUCAUGUGACUCUGGUCAUUCACCCCCGGAAAGAAGAUGAUGACAAGGAAUUGCAGACAUCCUCUAUUUUUGGCUCAGCAAAAGCCAGUCAGGAGGCCGAUAAUAUUCUUAUCCUCCAGGACAAGAAGCUGGCAAGCGGUCCAGGCAAGAGAAAUCUGCAAUUGGCUAAAAACCGUUUUGAUGGGGACGUGGGGGUUUUCUCUCUGGAAUUCAACAAGGCCACACUGACAUUUAAUUCCAAAGGCAAGGGAAAAGUGAAGAGAGUGAGCAAGGAAAACGAGCCUUCUCCCAGCUCCCCGUCUGAGAAGCCCACAAAGAGUCGCCCCGAGAAGUAA